AUGGUGUUGACAGCAUCAUCUUUCUUGGACGUUGAGAAGGCAUUCGAGCUUCCAAACAGUAGGGCCAUCAUUAAUAUCUUAGCUUCCAGAGGUGUAUCUGGCAAGUUGCUUAGCUGGACUAGUGACUACCUCCAGUUGAGGAAGGCACAUGUCAGAUUUCAGGGUACCCUCUCCGACAUCCAGAUCUUUGAGAAUGGAACGCCCCACGGAUGCAUACUAAGUCCUUUCCUCUUCAACAUGCUGAAAGCAGAUCUCAUAUCCAUUCCGCUUCCUCCUAAUACAUACUUGCUUGCAUAUGCUGACGAUCUUCAGCUAAUUUCCACUGGCAGACAUCGAUUUGCACAUGCCCAAAUAGCUCUCGACCGACUUCAUAGCAGGUGUCAGUCUCUGGGCUUGAAAAUCAACUCACAGAAGACCAGGGGAUUGCAGACUAGACAUUCCAUCAGCAAUCAAGGAAGAAAAGAUAAAUUGGGUCGCUUCACACAAAUGUUUGGGGGUGUUCUUCAGUACUUAGAAUGA